GAACUACUAAAGGAAGUAAAGAAAAAGGUGAAGAACUAGAAAAAUACAUUGCUGAAAAACUCCAAGAAACUUAUAAUGGAGCCGAUGAUAUUAGCAAAAUUACCCAUGUGGGAACUAAGGCGGAUAUUCUCCAAGUAGUUCAUAAUGAAAACCACCAAACUGUCGGCAAAAUAAUUUAUGAAAUUAAGAAUGAAGAUAAAUGA